AUGGUGUCAGCACCAUCAAUUGUACUCUUUAUACUGGGUUGUCCAAAGAUGAGAGUUUUUCAAGUCACAAGCGUCGUAUCCGUGACGCCGACACAGCUCGUUGUUGUUUGCUCGAUUGAAACAGCACUGCUAAAAUAUACGUUUGCGCUGCUUUACAAGUAUCGAGGCAUUGCUUCAACAACAGCGGCAUUUUACACAAAAAGACGUUCAAGCCAAGCAUUUUUAUCACAUUAG